AUAAGGGAAGAGACGUAGACGCCAGAGAGAGAGAGCGAGAGAAACACAUGCAGCCGCACUGUGUGUGUGUUUCUGUAGCUGUGUUUUUAGUUUGAUGUUCUGUUUGAUUAAAGCUUUGUUGUUUGUUCUCCGGUUCCCACAUCCUCCUUUCCCGAACUGUUACACUGGUGCCGAAACCUGGGAAAGGAGGAAGGGCACGCUGUCCGGGAGAACUUGCCGCUGCCAUCCACCUGGAAGCAAAGGAACCGCUGCCGUCCGCCAGGAGGAGGAGUCGCUGCCAUCCACCAGGAGCCGGAGGAACCGCUGCCAUCCGCCAGGGGAUGGAGGACUAGCUGCCGUCCGCCGGGAGGCAGAGGAACCGCUGCUGUCUGCCAGGGGAAGGAGGAGCGGCUGUCAUUCGCCAGGGGGGCGGAGGAGCGGCUAAGGACCGGGAUAAGGAGAGCAAAACAGUAUGAACAGCUGCGGCUUCCUGAAUAUGGCGACGAUAGGAGACUUCGACCCGCUCAACGCCACUAUUCCAGCCACAAAAGUUGAGAUCACAGUCUCAUGCAGAAAACUGCUCGACAUGGACACGUUUUCCAAAUCAGAUCCAAUCUGUGUGCUGUACACCCAAGGCAUCGGCAACAAAGAGUGGCGAGAGUUUGGGAGGACGGAAGUCAUCGAUAACACCUUGAACCCCGACUUUGUCCGCAAAUUCAUACUGGACUACUUCUUCGAGGAAAGACAAAACCUAAAAUUUGAUCUGUACGAUGUUGACUCCAAGAGCACCAAUCUCUCAAAACAUGAUUUCCUGGGCCAGGCCUUCUAUACGUUGGGAGAGGUGGUGGGUUCGCUGGGCAGUCGUAUGGAGAAGCCUCUUGGAGGGAUUCCUGGUAAGAAUUGUGGUACGAUUAUUGUGAAGGCAGAAGAGCUUAACAACUGCAGGGAGUCUGUAAUGAUGCAAUUUUGUGGCAACAAACUGGACAAAAAGGACUUCUUUGGCAAAUCUGACCCUUUCCUAGUGUUUUACCGCAGCAAUGAGGAUGGAACAUUUACCAUUUGUCAUAAGACAGAGGUGGUGAAGAACACACUGAACCCUGUAUGGCAGGCGUUCAAAAUCACUGUUAGAGCCCUGUGCAAUGGUGAUUAUGACAGAACGAUCAAAGUUGAAGUGUACGACUGGGAUCGUGAUGGCAGUCAUGACUUCAUUGGAGAAUUCAGCACAAGCUUUAGAGAACUGUCAAGAGGCCAGUCACAAUUCAACGUAUAUGAGGUCAUAAACCCCAAGAAGAAAGGAAAGAAGAAAAAAUACCUCAACUCUGGAACAGUGACACUACUGUCAUUUCUCAUUGAUACUGAAGUCACCUUCCUGGACUACAUCAAGGGCGGGACUCAGAUUAAUUUCACAGUAGCGAUUGAUUUCACAGCGUCUAACGGCAAUCCAGCCCAGCCCACCUCUCUCCAUUACAUGAGUCCAUAUCAGCUCAACACCUAUGCCAUGGCACUCAAAGCGGUGGGGGAGAUCAUACAGGACUACGACAGCGACAAGAUGUUCCCUGCACUGGGAUUUGGAGCCAAACUGCCUCCUGAUGGCAGAGUAUCCCAUGAGUUUGCUCUGAAUGGAAACCCUCAGAACCCGUAUUGCAAUGGCAUUGAUGGAGUGAUGGAAGCGUAUUAUCAGAGUCUCAAAUCCGUCCAGCUCUACGGUCCCACAAACUUCUCACCUGUCAUCAACCAUGUAGCCAGAUAUGCUGCCUCAGUUAAGGAUGGCUCACAGUACUUCAUCCUGCUCAUCAUUACAGAUGGAGUGAUAUCAGAUAUGGCACAGACCAAGGAGUCUAUUGUUAAUGCUGCAUGUCUUCCCAUGUCAAUUAUUAUCGUUGGAGUUGGACCAGCUGAGUUUGACGCCAUGAUCGAGCUGGACGGAGAUGAAGUCAGGAUUUCAUCAAGGGGCAGAUACGCCGAGAGAGACAUAGUGCAGUUUGUUCCCUUCAGAGACUAUAUCGACCGCACAGGAAACCACAUCCUCAGCAUGGCCCGCCUGGCUAAAGAUGUUCUGGCUGAGAUCCCAGACCAGUUCCUGUCCUACAUGAGGACCAGAGGCAUCAAACCAUCGCCCGCUCCCCCUCCGUACACACCCCCAGGACAACCGCUGCAAACUCAGAUCUGAAGAGGGCCGAGGAGUGAACCUUGCAUUAUCUCAGCAGCUCUUUCUCAAUCACUCAGUGAUGUGGAGGUUCCCUCAGCUCUCAGCUCUCUCUGUCUCUUUCUCUUUGCACUAAGGGAGGCUGUAGAUGGACGCCAUAGUUUGACAGGGUUCUGAGAACAGGUUUACUUCCAUUACAGGCGUUCUCUGUUAGGAUGUCUCUCACUUUCUCUCUCUCUGCCUCUCAAUACCUGGCUAGUUUGAUUCUUAGGGCAAUGUUAGAAAUAACCUUUUGUUUGUGAAAUAAAGGAUAAACGAAGAGGUCGAACGACUAAACGACAGUCGAAACAGAUAAACGUCUCGGUGCAGCAGAGCAGCUUCCUCUUCCUCCUUAGACCGGGAAAAGGCUAACCAAUCACCAGUUACGAACUGACUGUUGUAAAUAACUUUUGAAGUAGAUUUCUUCCGUCAUUUCUUAUCUCUUCCUCGUCUCUGAGCUCUCACUCAAUGUUUACAUGUUAAUGAUUUUCUUACUAUCGAAUCAAACUUUUAUAAGCGUAAAAUCUUCGACAUGAACUUUGCCGUACGAAUCCUCGCAGCGUGUUAUCUUAGCCUGUCAGAUUGCAGCGGCCUUCAUCGUCACGGGAAACAUUUCUUGCAUGGAAAUGGUGUGCUCAGGCAUGCGAUACAUGUGUUGCAACGUUCACGUUAUUUGGCCUUUUUCUCUUUCUGCUCACUCACUUUCUUUGACUUUUUUUUUUAAUCUUCCUUUUUCUUUUCUUUUUUUUGCCCUGGCACAAGCGUGAAAGUCAGGCACCUCAUUCUGUAUAGAGAACCUCAUAUGAUUCAACUUGCUUCAUUGCAUUUUAACCAGAGCAGCUGCUCUCAAAUAAGAGCCCAGUGGUCAAAAACACAGAUGCCAUUAUUAUGUCCAUAUUUUUGGAGUCAUUGCAUUUGUUAUGAUACAUUAUAUGUAAGGUUUGUCAUUUUUUUCUGGUGAUUUGAUGAUGCUGUUUUAUGUUUUUCUAGUAAUGUACAAUCAUACAUCAUAUUUGAUCAUAACCUGGUAGAGUUGCCCAAAGAUAGUGUUGAAUAAGCACAAAGCUAAUUACAAAAUCCUCCUUGUAGGAUUUUAUUGUGAAUAUUACAGCAAUUUUUUCCUUGAGUGUUGAAACCAAUGUUGAUGUGCAGAAUUAUUAGCCUAAUUUACACAUUUUUGGUUUUUCUAGAGAUAUUUUUGAUCCCAUUAUUUUAGAAAUUUGCUGCUGUUAUCAGGAAUUUCAUUCCAGGUGUUGGCAUAGUCAUGUUUUUUUCUCGCUACCACACAAAGACAAACAAAAUUGGUAUGCCAUCUGAAACAGCACAGAGCUCCACUGCAAAAAUACUUUUCUUGAUCAAUAUGUUUUCCAGUAAAAUAUCUGAUCCUAAAAACAAGAUUUACUUGAAAACAGUGUUGGGUAAGUUACUGAAAAAUACUUCUCUAAAGUUGUAAUCAAAUUACUAUACUGUUUACAUAAUGGAAAAGUAAUCACAUUAAAAAUAGCUUUACUUUUAAGUUACUUUCUUAGUUUUUGUUUGUUCGCUCAGCGAAUUUAAAAAUAAUGUCUAUAUUUCCUCCUAGUUCAUUGUCAUUGUCCCUUCAGCAGUCACAGAAAAACAAAUAUGUAUAUGUUAACAUAAUUAUUUUUUUAAAUUCAUUCUACAUAAAUAUUACUUUAUGAAUUUGUGUAACAUAAGUAACGUACUUAAAAGUAAUUAACAUAAUUGAGUCAGUAACUGUCAUCUGAUUACAAGAAUUUAAAUUGUAAUGCGUUACACUACUCGACUUUUAAAACAAGUAAUCAGAUUACAGUAACUGAGCACUUUGUAAUCAGAUUACACCCCAGCACAGAACCAAAAUUGUGUAAGAUUGUUUUAAACAAAGCCCCACAAACAAUUUUUAGAUUACAUGCUUAAAAUAAGGAAAAUAAACCAAUUAAAAAUGUAUUCUCUGAAAAGACAGAAUAUAUCUUAAAACAGUCUUUUUUUAUCCUGCACAAUUUUGCUUCUCAGUUAAAUAAAUCUUGUUUAAAGGUUUAGUUUUUAUUUUUUUAUUUUUAUUUUUUUCUGGAAAACAAAGCAACCAUACUAAGGAAGAAAGUAUUUCACAGUGUCUGUGAUCAAUUUUAGUCACUUUUUUGUUUCCAGAAAAUAAAUUAAGUGAAUUAUAUUGACUCUUGGUUCAUUAUGAUCCACUUCAUUUAGUAGAGCUCUUUAGUUUUGUACUGGACAACACUGGUUUGUUAAUCAUUGUUAUCUUUGCAAAACACUAUGAGAACACUUAUUUUUGUGCUAAAGCAUCCCACACAUAGCAAAUGUGAAUCCUUUAGUAUGUAGCAACUAAAACAGGAAAUAUGGAGAGGAAACAACAGUAACAAAACUCAGAAAUGAUAUUUUCCUGUCACACCACAAGCAUGGUGAAAUAUUUUAGGUGACAGGCUCAUGUUGAUGAGAAACAUUGCCUUUGUCUGACUGCCUUUGGGGAAUUCUUGAUUGACAUUCCUAUUUGUGCUGCUUUUUCACACAGAGCCUAUACAAUAUUUAUGAGACAGUAACACAUACAGUGACCUCAAAAAGAAUUUGGAUACUUAAAGGGAUAGUUGAACAAAAAUGAAAAUUCUCUCAUCAUGUACUCACCCCCAGGUGUGUAUGACUUUCUUCAGCAGAACACAUUUGAAGAAAAAUAGAAAAUAUCUUAGCUCAGUAGGUCCAUACAGUGU